CGCUGGGCGAUCCGGCGGAAUCAUGGGCCUUAAACCGACAGCCUUGGACCCACUUCGCGACCCAGUGGACCCCCAGCCCUGUACUUGGGACUGUGCCUACACAGCUACACCUGCCACAGGUUUUUGAAACAUGCAUCCUUCUCCUUCUCUCUUCCUGGCUGCCCUUUGCUUGGGAAUAGCCUCAGCUGCUCCGCAACUCAACCAGAGCUUAGAUGAACUAUGGUCCCAGUGGAAGGCAACACACAGGAAGCUAUAUGGCAUGAAUGAAGAAGGAUGGAGGAGAGCAGUGUGGGGGGAAAAUAUGAAGAUGAUUGAACAGCACAAUCGGGAAUACAAACAAAAGGAACACAGCUUCACGAUGGCAAUGAAUGGCUUUGGUGACAUGACCAAUGAAGAAUUCAGGCAGGUGAUGAAUGGUCUUCAAAUCCAGAAGCACAAGAAGGGGAAAGUGUUCCAACCACCUCUCUUUGCUGAGAUCCCCUCAUCUGUGAACUGGAGAAAGAAAGGCUAUGUAACUCCCACAAAGAAUCAGGGUCAGUGUGCUUCUGGCUGGGCUUUUAGUGCAACUGGUGCCAUCGAAGGACAGAUGUUUGGGAAAACUCACAAACUUGUUUCACUGAGUGAGCAGAACCUGCUGGACUGUGCUUGGUCUGAAGGCAAUGGGGGCUGCAGUGGGGGCAACAUGGAUAAUGCCUUCCAGUAUGUUAAGGACAAUGGAGGCCUGGACUCAGAGGAAUCCUAUCCAUACCAUGCACAGCUCCAAUCUUGCAAAUACAAUCCAGAAAAUUCUGCUGCCGACAUAACUGGGUUCUUGACAAUCCCUAAGACGGAGUACAAACUUAUGAGGUCAGUGGCAAUUGUGGGUCCCGUCUCUGCUGCUAUAGAUGCAAGCCUGGAUACCUUCCGGUUCUAUGACCAAGGCAUUUAUUACGAUCCAAAGUGCAGCAGUGAAGACCUGAAUCACGGUGUUCUGGUGGUUGGCUAUGGCUUUCAAGGAAAAGAAUCCGAUAACCAAAAAUAUUGGUUUGUCAAGAACAGCUGGGGCACUGACUGGGGCAUGGAUGGCUACAUAAAAAUGGCCAAAGACUGGGACAACCACUGUGGAAUCACCACCAAGGCCAGCUUUCCUAUCGUGUGAGACGAUGGUGAUGAAGAAGGCCUUGACUGGCAACAGAAUAUCCAGGAAAUGGAUUUUAUUGUAGAGUUGAUCACAUCUUAUUGUGGGGAUAAAACACUUGAAUCACUGAAGAUCCAAGUUGUGGUUGGAUUCUGUGACUGUUCAUUGGUGACGAAACUACUUUUUUAAUCCCUGCUCUAAUCAGUGGUGUGUGAUUAACUUGAUUAAUAACUUUUGAAUGUUCAUGUUUUAAUUUUUUAAUUUAUUUUUGAAAGAGAGAGAGAGAGAGAGGCAUACAGAGUGCGAGCAGGGGAGGGGCAGAGAGAGAGGGUGGCACUGAAUCCGAAGCAGGCUCCAGGCUCUGAGCUGUCAGCACAGAGCCCAAUGUAGGGCUCGAACCCACAAACCAAGAGACCAUGACCUGAGUCAAAGUCGGAUGCUCAACCAACUCAGAUACCCAGCCCCCCCUGAAGGCUCAUGUUUUAAAACAUUCAUAAAACUUUUACCUUUUAAAAUAAAAUUUACUUGCAUAUGUUGAGGUAUGAUUUGGUUUUUAAUACAAAAACUUCUUUACAGUAAAAAAUUAAAUCGUUUUGGAGGGAGGAUAAAAUGUCCUCAUUUCCCCCAUAAUUCUUCAAACUGGUUUAAGAAUUUAAUUGACAUAAGACAAGUAAACAGUAGAAAAAAAUCACUCAAAGUUUUAUUACACAACUAGGGAAGCCCAGUAAUGAAUUUGAGCCCCCCCAGAAUGGCAAAGGCAGGUAGGUGUUUUUUUUGGCAGUUUUUAUACAUUUUAGACAAUGACAAUAAUUUGUGAGGAAUUGACAGGAAAAAGAGGCGUGUGGGAGCUUUAAAUUGUAGGAAUUCCAAGUGGCAUCUGGGCUGAGUUUGUAUAUGAGUGAAAAAGUAACAAGGUUUGUUUCUAUAACUUUCUCAGCUUUGAAGCCCAUCUCUGCUGAUAAGGAUGUCUCUUUACCUCGUAGUACAGGGAGGGGACCUUUCAUAUGGGAAUGCUCAUUUUCUGCUUUCAGGGGAGACAUAUGACAGCCUGGGUGUCCUUGCAGCAUCUGUGUCUCAAAUAGCUUCAACUCAAGAUUGUCAAUAUGCCAUGUGGUACCUUCUG